GGGACCAGGAGUUUGGCACUGUGUCCGGCUUCCUCCUGAAACGCACUAAGGACCUGUUCACAAAGUACAGGCAGCUGCUGGUUAGAGAAGCCCAGGUAAACAGUUUGGUUUGCAUGUGAGGACCAGUGUCCACCGAUCCAACCAUGGCAAACGGUGCAGAGGAUAUUGAAAACAAUAUGGACCAACAGGGGUUCAGUGCAGCCCCUGAACACACACAGAACACUGCAGUGACCAGAGGAGGCUCAGGAGCUGGAGGAGGAGGAGAUGGUGGAGGAGGCGGAGGCGGCAGCAGCGGCAAUGGUAGUGGACCAGAGCAGAAUGGGCAGCCUCCCAUUGCUCCUCCUCCACGUGUGGUGGAGGCCGAGGGAGACGAGGAUGAGGAGUUGACCUUGAAAUACGGGGCCAAGCAUGUCAUCAUGCUGUUUGUCCCCGUGACCCUCUGCAUGGUGGUCGUUGUGGCAACCAUAAAGUCGGUCAGCUUCUACACCCAGAAUGACGGACAGAGAUUGAUCUACACGCCGUUCCCUGAAGACACCGACACAGUAGGACAGAGAGCUGUCAACUCCAUCCUGAAUGCCACCAUCAUGAUCACUGUGAUCAUUGUCAUGACUUUGGUGCUGGUACUGUUAUACAAGUACCGCUGCUACAAGGUGAUCCAAGGCUGGCUCUUCCUCUCUUCCCUCCUCCUGCUCUUCUUCUUCUCCUACAUCUACCUCAAAGAGGUUUUCAAGACCUACAAUGUGGCCAUGGACUACUUCACCCUGGCGAUAAUAAUCUGGAACUUCGGAGUGGUGGGCAUGAUGUGUAUUCACUGGAAAGGACCGCUGCGACUGCAGCAGGCCUACCUCAUCAUGAUCAGCGCCCUCAUGGCCCUGGUUUUCAUCAAGUAUCUGCCAGAGUGGACAGCCUGGCUCAUACUAGCAGUCAUAUCUGUCUAUGAUCUGUUAGCGGUGCUCUGCCCCAAAGGGCCUCUGAGGAUCCUGGUGGAGACGGCUCAGGAGAGGAACGAACCGAUAUUUCCAGCUCUCAUUUAUUCUUCUACAAUGGUGUGGCUCGUCAACAUGGCCGACACCGACAGGCCAAAGAGGAAUUCAACAGAAGCGGCUUUGCCUCAACAAGAGUCUCAAGAAGCCGUGGCGUCCCUGGGUCCCUCCAGUUCGUCACAGGACGACGGAGGCUUCACCCCCUCCUGGGUCAACCAGCAGUCCCACCAGCUGGGGCCGCUUCAGUCCACCGAGGAAACCCGGCUGACCUCUGCUCGUCCUGCUGCUGAAGAUGAAGAUGAGGAGAGGGGUGUCAAGCUGGGGCUCGGAGACUUCAUCUUCUACAGCAUGCUGGUGGGGAAAGCGUCUGCCACAGCCAGCGGCGACUGGAACACCACACUUGCCUGUUUUGUAGCCAUUCUCAUUGGCCUGUGUCUGACCCUGCUUCUUCUCGCCAUCUUCAAGAAAGCGCUGCCCGCUCUGCCCAUCUCCAUUUUUUUCGGCCUGGUCUUCUACUUUGCCACAGACAACUUGGUACAACCUUUCAUGGACCAGCUGGCGCUACACCAGUUCUACAUUUAGCAGGACGCUGCCCUGUUAGCCCCCACCCACGCAGCUCUCCAGUCAACAACACGAGAGCGGUCCCUUCACAGCUGGGGAACAAAGGGCGAUGCAGGAGUCCCCUCCUGCCCCGCACCCCCUCCUAAGGACUUGUGAUAAUGGGACACGAGUUAUUUUUGUUCUGCCUUUCUUUGUGGCGCUACGGGAGGGUAUUCCCCACAACAUAUUUUAUUUCACUUUGUAAACAAGAAGAAAUUUCCUCGCUCCACCUGGGACGUCAUCUUCAAAUUUGUUGUUGAUCAUCGGACACAAUCUAAGAGGUCCGUCAGUGGGAAUAAUUUAUCCUUAUUUAUCCAGCAGAACUUCACAAGAGCUCGCCUGCUCAUUUUGGGCAGUGCCCUGCUUCACAUCCAUGCACACGCACGUCAGCGCUGCCCAGUUGCCCGCUCCACAGUAGGUGCCUUGUUCAGGGACACCUUGGCGAUAGCUGUUGUGCAAAGGGAGACAGUUUCAUUAAAUCUCCUUGCACAGACUUUGAGCAAAAAUCUUUACCGCCGCCUGUUGUCAUGACUUGAGCUACCACCACGCCCAAACUAAACCGAAGAUACAAAAAGCCUUUGUCAAACUAAUGGACACUCAAGGAUGAUAUUGAUCAUAGAUUGGUAAAUGUAUAGUCUGAUUAUGUAUGAGCUGUCAGUCACCAGAGCGUGCUUUCCUCACCGCCACUAAGAAUGAUUUUUCUACUGUAGACACCAGAGCUCUGAGGCCAGAGCAGUUUACACCCAGAGAGACUGAUCCAGAACCAAGCGGUGGCUUGGACAUGUGAAUCUGUGUCAUGUGAAAAAGUGAAGAAAUGUAUGUCUAGAAUUUAAAAUGAGUGUUCUUGUGACAUCAGCUCAUGACAGGUUUCACCGUUUUCUGCCCUUAUUGUUUACCUUAAAUCACAUUUGACUUCACGGCCUGCAGAGGGAGGAGGUCGCACACUGACGCGCUCACACCUGAGACUUGCCUGUUAAUCACUGAGCAGUCCCGCUGGUGCAGUCGGAGGUUCAGUGCCUUGCUCAAGGGCAUUCCAAUAGUAAUAUAGUUGUUGUUGUGAGACAGAAAUGUGCUUUUCCUUCUCCUGACUGGGAUUUAAUGUGUUGGGUUUUUUUUUUCUCCAGGGAUUGUAACCUGUGAUCAUCUGGUCACAAAUGCUGAACCUUUAGGCUAUAGCUGCCGUCAUGACGCUCGCCUGGUGCUGUCUUGAACUAUGCUACAUCAAACACUCAUUAUUUUGUCUGUACAUCGAUACUGUUGUGUUUUUUUCAAGAUAUGCAGAAGAGAAACUUUGUACUUUCUGAGACAUCCCCGUGUAAAUGUUAAUGGGGUUCCUACACAAAUCAGGAAAGGCCAGUAAGGUGAAAAACCUUUUGCCAGAAAUGAUCUGCAGGUUCUGAUGCAGCGGUCCUCAUACACAAGCAAGUUGUAGAUGUAGCCAAAUUUGAUACUUGAAUUUGUGAACAUUUUUGGAAAAAUAUUGUCCAUUUGUAGCAUCAGUAACUCGACCAUUUUAAAUUAAAUGGAGAAACUUUAGAGUAAAUGAAAAUAAUGGUUUACUAUGAAACACUGAGAUGUGUAUGAACCCAAAAUUUAUAUUAUCAUAUGCCAGAUAAUGUUCCGUGAUGGAGAAAAGACGAGUUGUAUUGUUUUCUCUUUAGUCCUUGCACUAGAGUUUCAUGCUGAGAAAAGAAACCAGGAAAGAACAAGAUAACAUUUGGUUUGAGACAGUCCUGUCCUGUCCUCCCACCCUUUGGUUGUUCAGGAAUAUGUUGGGUGGCUGGGGUUUUUUUUUUUUUCCCUGUCCUUCACAUGCAUACUUGGGUUAUGCAAGGUUAUCCAAUCCAGAUUCUGUUCUUUUUUUUAAA